AUGAAAUCUAUCAUCGCCGUUACCGCUCUCUUCGUGGCUGCUAGUGAGUACUGUCAAGACAUUUGUGAUGGUCAUACCGCCUGUGCUGAAUCAAAGUAUGGUUCGUAUUGCAAGGAUAAUGGUGUUUGCUUUGGCCUCUACCACAAGGGAAACAGCUACUGCUUCCAGCCUACUGAACAGGAUGCCUGCGAUGACUCCACUCUUCACCCAGUUUCUUGUUCGAAGCCCAAGGCUACCUGCCAGGACAUCUGCAAUGAUAUGCCUCAGUGUCGCGAUUCGAAGUGGUCUUCGUAUUGCAAGUUCUGGCAAAAGCCUCCGGUCUGUUUCGGUAUCAUUAAAAAGGCAGAUGGUACGCUCUGUUUCACUCCUACGGACGAGGACUGCGAAGGUGAAUCUCUUACUUGUUAG